CUUUUUUGCGACACCUCCUUCCUGCGCGCCUCCGACAAACAAGCCAUUUUGGGAGCAGCGGUUUACGACAAAACGCCCGCUUAGUGUUGUUCAGCGACGUGCGAGUUAUUAUCUUAUUCAUGUCAUUUCUUCAUAUCUUCCACAGCAAAUUAAAGGUUCCCUUUGAUACCCAUCGGCAGCCCUAGCCCUCCAUACCACCGGCGCCGAGCAUCAUGAACACCGCGCGCCCGCCCGCUCGCAGCCCCCAGAAGUGAACAGCAGGCGACCCGGAAGGUGUGGACGCGCAAGGAAGGCGAGCAGGCAGGGAGAACAUCUCAACCUUUUUAUAUGUAUACAUAUUGAUAUAUAUAUAUUCAUUCGCCAAAAGCUGCAAUCGGCGUAGCAGGAUGGCAGAGCCACGGUUUAAUAAUCCCUAUUUCUGGCCACCACCUCCCACAAUGCCCAGCCAGCUGGAUAACCUAGUGCUGAUCAACAAAAUAAAAGAGCAGCUAAUGGCAGAAAAGAUUCGUCCCCCUCACCUCCCCCCUACAUCGGUCCCAUCUCAACAGCCUUUGCUGGUGCCACCUACCCCUUCAGAAAGUGGGCAACCUGUGAUGUCCAUCCCCAAACUGCAGCAGAUUCCUGGUCUUCAUUCACACACACCAUCCCAGCCUGAUAUCGCUCUUCAUGCUCGGCCAGCAUCCAGUACUGUUACAGGCCUUAUUCUCGGAGAUGUAAACUUGAAUCUCGAUGAUAAGAGCUCAGUAAAAGCAAAAGGGCUGUGGGAAGACUGGCAUUUACGUCAAAUCAUAGACCAACCAGCUAGAAAGAAUCAUCUAUCAGGACUCUCCCUUUCAUCACGCACAUCAGAGGUUGUUACCCCAACCACUCCCACCUCAUCCAGCCAGAGUCGUCUUGGUGGAGCAACAUCUCCAAAUCAUGUGUCAGGAUUGGCCAGUGGACCAGCUCUAGAACCAGCCAAGAGUGCAGGACUAUCUGGGUUGUUGGGAGCCCCAACCAAGACAGAACGUGGCCGCAAGAAGAUUAAGGCUGAGAAUACUGGUCCUCUGUUGGUGGUGCCAUAUCCUAUCCUAGCAUCGGGCAAUGACCAGUCCACCGUCACAAUCACUGCCAAAGAGGGGAAAACGUACAGGUUGGAAAAUAAGCGGUGUAAAGUAUGCCCCUUGACUUUCUUCACCAAGUCAGAAAUGCAAAUCCACUCCAAGUCACACACAGAAGCCAAACCUCACAAAUGCCCACACUGUUCCAAGUCAUUUGCAAAUGCCUCCUACUUGGCACAGCAUCUACGCAUCCAUUUGGGUGUCAAGCCUUACCACUGCUCUUACUGUGAGAAGUCCUUUCGGCAGCUCUCUCACCUGCAGCAGCACACCAGAAUCCACACUGGAGAUCGGCCAUAUAAAUGUGCUCAUCCAGGCUGUGAAAAAGCAUUUACUCAGCUCUCCAAUCUACAGUCUCACCAGAGGCAACACAACAAAGACAAGCCCUACAAGUGUCCAAAUUGCUAUCGCGCCUAUUCUGACUCGGCCUCACUGCAGAUCCACCUGUCAGCACACGCCAUCAAGAAUGCCAAGGCCUACUGCUGUAGCAUGUGUGGCCGGGCCUACACCUCAGAGACCUACUUAAUGAAGCACAUGUCAAAACAUACAGUGGUGGAGCAUCUAGUCAACCAUCAUUCCCCUCAGAGGACGGAGUCGCCGAACAUUCCCAUCCGGAUCUCACUUAUUUAAAAAUACAGUGACUACAAGCUCCAUCUUUGUCAACUGGGUCUUGUUUAUAGGGGGCGUUUUGUUUCUCCUCUUUUCAUGUUUUGCUCCCUUUGAUGCAGUCACAACUGGCUGUAUUUUGAAGUGUCAGCUCUUCAGCAUGUGCCAGACUGUUUGUAUUUUAACAAAGCGAGCAGUGGCUAGGUUGCGUGGGUAUCCAAAGACAAUUUUUAGAGCACUUUUAAGGCCUCAUCCUUUUGGCCAAAAAAGAUUUCUUCUCUGUUUCAGCAUAAUAAAUGGCAAUGUUAAAGGCAGCUAAGGUUUGAUGUACACAGGUUGUUUGAGACACAGUAACUGCCAUCAGUUUUCUCCUCUCCCUCUUUAUAAUUUUCUUUUGUUGAUUAUUCUUGUUACUUUGCAGUAUAAAUUAUGUCCAUUUUUUUAAUCGUAUUCCACUGAGACCAAUCUGCUGAGAGAAACACCAUUUAGACUCCAGUUUUAUACUGAAAGUUCUGGUAUUGGGCCAACGCUCCUGAUACUGUGAAUCCCAGACUAACCAUUACUGUACCUGCUUUGUAUUUGUCAUCUGUUGCUUCUCACUGCUUCCAACAUGUGCAUUUAUGCAUUCAGGUUUCAGAAAAUGUGUUUUUACUGUGUCACUUCUCUAACUGCCUUGUCUUUUUACAAUCGCUGAAAGAGAAAAUUGAAUCUAGAAAUGUGGAAAGAAAUCUGCAAUAAUACAAUCACAGUAAAAGGUGCACUCACGUGACCAGGCUAAAUGUACCAGCCAUAGUAUAAGCAAGCUAACCUUAGCCAACAGAGGUCUCUUGUUUACCUGCUUUUCAGACUUUGUUCCUUUACAAUUUUUACAGCAGAUAUUGCUUCAAAAUGGAGGUUUUCUUCAAGCUGGUAGCAUCCAUGUGUAUUUGCCUGCCAGAAUUUGCCAUGUUCUUUCUUGCAAUCUUGGACAUAAAUUGCACUGUUGACGUAUACUGUCCAGAAGCAUGAAAACAAAUCAGAUGCCAAACCAUAGGCAUUAGAAAGAGUACAUUUUCUUUGGAAUCACAUCAUCCUUCUUACAUGGGAUUUUUUAUUAUGUGGCUCUACAAAUUCUGAAAGUUAGGUGAACAAAAGAAAAAGGUUUCACCCUUUUUAUUCACCUCCUGCAGCAUCAUUCAGUUGUAAAAUGUUCUCCAGAAGCUGAGUAGUUAAAAUAAGAACUAGAAUAGGAGGACAAUGGGGAGAUACUUAAGUGACUGCAGCAUUUCAAGAGCAGAGUUGUGGAUGAUGCAGUAAGCCAUUCACCAGUUUAUGCCAAUUGCACUUUUACAAGGUAACUUUUUUGAGAACUGCAGCAGAUUUUUACAUCUAAAGAGACUGAUAUAAAGGACUAGUAAACAGUGUCUGCUGCAUGUGGUUAACAUUCGGUAUCCUUUGCACUGCCUGGAUGUAAAUAUUUGGUUGUCUGUUACAGUUGGUGAUAAUCAAUUGAAGACUGCAGACCUAAAAAGCCACCCUAACCCAAAACUUUUUUCCUCUUGUAGAGUUUUCAUACAGCAAAGCAAAGUGAUUUGCUUGAAUCUGUCUGACCUAGCAACUAUGCUGUUUGUCUUAGUAUUGCCUUCUGCUUCUUUUGAGCAGAAGGCAGUCUUAGCUGUUUCUCAAGCCCACUGGCUGGUGCACGACAAUGAAGUAGUGUGCAGUAGUUAAGGGGAUUGUUAGAGAAGCUACAGCAUGGCAUAAUCACAGAAGGAAUGAUUUAAGCUAAUUAAGUUGUCAAUAUGAAGUUUUUGCUAACAUGUAGCAUGAAACUUUAAAGGCUGUUUUAGCUCAUUAGUGCCCAGACAUCCUGCCAGCUAUCUAGAUGUCUCCAGUCACAAAAGACCUUAGGGAGUUGGCUUUUUCAUACUAGUGGAAAAUAUCUAACUGUUGGAAUAAAAAUAAUGAAUGGGGAGUCUCCCAAACGUGGCAAAAGUGCCCAAAGUAAUAUGUAUCCUUCACAAGAAAAGCACCUAACCCUCUUUGUUUUUCUAGGGUUGAGAAGCUUCAUGUAGUUCUCAAGUUUAUUAUCAGUGUUUAAUGAUCUGUAGAGAGUCCUCAUGCUUGACCAAAUUAUUGCACUAGUAAAGCUUUAUUUUAAUGGAUCUUAUUUCAACUGAUAGUUGGUACAGUUUUUGUGAUAUUUUUGGGAAAGUACCUUAGUCUUUUUAGAAUCUGUAAAAUGCACAUCACGUUGAAUGCUUCAGAAAUAAAAUGCAACAAGAUGAGUGUGUGGCUCCAUUUCCAGCAUCACAGUAGUACUACCAAUUUGAAAUCUGUAGCCUGAGCAAAUACAGUCUUCAAACUGCCCAAAGACCAUGUGUCAUGCUUUUAGGUGCUGUACUGCCAAAACACACUGCCCUUCCUUUAAUUUGUCGUCUUUGAUAAAUCUACCGUCAGUGUUUUGGACACUUCUUUUUUUUGAACUCUGCAACAUCUGAAAGACUUGUAUAAAGCUGUGUCAAAGUUGACACACACACACUAGCAAAUUGUUACAGCCUUCUGAGAACUGCAGUCACCCAGUUUACCCAAUUCUUGUGAGCAAUGUUUUGUUUGCACUAAACCCACUGACAGAAUCAAAACUGAUCAGAUUACAUACUUGUGUUGAACCUUGUCCAUUGUAUCUAAAACAUUGCAGGCUCUGAGCUUUUAUCAACACUCCACUGGAAUUGUACAAGUAGAAAUGUUCCUUUGUAGGAAGCUCAAUAGAAGCUACAGAUAUUUGUCAUUUUUCUUGUGAUAAAUUUAAGUUAUGUCUCCGUUGUGGUGUUGCCCUCAGCAUGCCUUAGUGAACAGUGUUUAGUUUAGUCAAGCCUUAACAUUCAGCCCCAAGACAUAGCCAAAGGUUGGUGGUUUUAGGGACUUAAUGGGAGAACAUAAAUAAAUUAAAUAUUACCCCUGCUCACGGAGAAAGUAUUUUUAAGAAAUGGGACUGUGGUUC